AGAAAAUUAAGGCAUGGUUGGCCCCUCCCUCUCCUUUCAAGCCUUGUCCAUGAAAUCACCAUCUUCUUGUUUUUCCUCCAUAAGCUCCAUGAAGAUGAAAGCUCUAAUUCAAACCCUAAUCUACACUCAGGCUAGUCGUCUCAUUCGAGCAUUUUCCAAAGCAAAAUCCAUUGUCAUUCAAAUUUACAAACAAAACAAUCCUAUCCAAUAUCUCAUUUCCAUCUCGAAGACCGCAGAGAAGAAGUACAAGCACAACAAGCUAUUCUUUGGUUCAUUCAGGCUGCACUAUAAUUGGUGCUCUUCUCACGUCACACCAGUUCCAGCUCCAGUUCUUGAAGGGUGUACCACUACUCAUUUCUACUAUGAUUCAACCUGGAAUUCGGCCAUUUCAACUCAUGAUCAGAAAAAGGAGGAUGGUUUGGAGUCGGAGCUUUCAGGUUACCUUCAAUGGCUUGAAGAAAACAAGGUUAACAGGGAAGCUAAUAAAGCAGAGACAGAGGUGGAUGAUAUUGAUCGGUUAGCAGAAAUGUUCAUCGCAAGUUGUCAUGAAAAGUUUAUGUUGGAGAAGCAGGAGUCUUACAGGAGAUUCCAGGAAAUGAUGGCUAGAAGUAUGUGAUGAAAGUGAAAGUGAAUGUUUCCUAAUUAUUACCUGUUUAUUUUCUUUUUGACAUAUGCAUUGGUUGGGGUGAAGAAAGUGUAUGUGUAAUUUCACUGUGAGGGACGGGAGGUUACUUUGUUUUUAAUUUCUUCAUUUUUAUCCUUGUAUAAUUUUUCAUCUACUCUAUAUAUAAAUAUUUCGAGUUGUCAA